AUGUGGAUCUUCCUGGUGAGACUUGAAUGUAUCCUGUGCCUGUCAUUAGCCUUUUCAGUGAUGGAGCAGCUCAGUCAUGACCAAUUUCCCAGGAUUAAUCAAACUCUCCUGACACCCUCCCACUUGAAGAACCGAAAAGUGGGUCUACAAGUUAAGGGCUCAAACUUCACACUGGAAGGCUGCCCGUUCCUGAUCUUAUCAGGCACUAUCCACUACUUCCGGGUGCCCAGGGAGUACUGGAGGGACCGCCUACUGAAGCUGAAGGCUUGUGGCUUCAAUACUGUCACCACGCAUGUUCCCUGGAACCUCCAUGAGCCAAUAAUAGGCCAAUUUCAUUUCACUGGAAACCUGGAUUUCAUGGCUUUUGUAACUAUGGCUUCAGAGGUGGGGCUUUGGGUCAUUCUGUGUCCUGGCCCCUACAUCUGGAGUGACCUAGAUCUUGGAGGUCUGCCCAGCUGGUUACUCCGGGACCCAAACAUGAGGCUGCGGACAACUUACAAAGGCUUCCAGAAAGCGGUGAAUUGCUAUUUUGAUCAGCUGAUUCCCAGGAUCGAGUUUCUCCAGUAUAACAAGGGAGGCCCCAUCAUCGCCUUACAGAUCGAGAACGAAUAUGGUUCCUAUCAGACGAAUAGAAAAUACAUGUCAUUCUUAAAAAAGGCACUGGAGAAGAGAAAGAUCAAAGUACUGCUCAUGACUGCAGAUAAAGGACUAGAAGUGAGAAAAGGCCAUUUGGAAAACAUGCUGGCCACUAUCCACCUGAAAGAUAUAAAGAAGAAAACUUAUGAAGACCUCUCUGCAAUUCAGGGUUCUAGCCCUGUACUGGUGAUGGUGUACACAGCGAGAGGUUUGGACACAUGGGGUAAGAUCCGCCGCAGUCUCUAUGUACACAUGCUAAUGAAGGAUGUACAUGAGAUGCUCAAGCUUAGAUUCUCCCUCAACUUCUACAUGUUCCAUGGAGGCACCAACUUUGGCUUCAUGGGUGGAGCUGAGUCUUUGGAUGUUAACCUUCCUGCAGUAACCAGCUAUGACUAUGGGGCACUGCUGACAGAGAAUGGAAACUACACGCCUGAGUAUCUCGUAUUUCAAGAGCUUUUGCAUUCUGUUGCAGAGGUUCCCACAGCCUUACCACCAGAACGUAUAUCAAAGGUUGUCUAUAAGUCAGUAACGAGAUUCCACUUCAUGUCCCUGUGGGAAAUCCUGCCUUAUGUGGACCAGACAGUCUCAUCUGCCAAGCCAGUCUCUAUGGAGCAGCUGUCUGUGAAUGAAGGGAGUGGUCAGUCCUUCGGCUACACACAUUAUGAGACUUCCAUCAUCAAAGGAGGGCUUCUUACCUCAAGGGGCCAUGUUCAAGAUUGAGAGCACGUGUUUUUAAAUGAGAAGUAUUUAGGAGUCCUGGAUCAUUCCACUGAAGAGCUGUAUAUUAAGAAAAAUGUAUAUAACUCCAUGUUAAUCCUAAGAAUCUUGGUGGAGAAUCAAGGCCGUCUUGCCUAUGGGACUGACAUCAGCAAGGAGAGAAAAGGUUUAAUUGGGGAUAUCUAUCUGGACAAUUCUCCAUUAAAAAAAUUUAUGAUCUACAGCCUGGACCUGAAAACUGCAUUCAUACAAAAGAAACUGCCCAGCCUCUGGAAACCAGUCACAAAAGAAGUUCGGGGCCCGGCCUUUUUCCUCGCUCUCUUGAGAGUUGGUGAUGUUCCCCAAGACACCUUCAUAAAAUUAGAGGGCUGGAAGAAAGGAGUCAUAUUUAUCAAUGGAAGAAACCUAGGACGCUACUGGGAUGUUGGUCCCCAGAAAACCCUCUACCUUCCGGGACCCUGGCUUCAUCCUGGAUCAAAUGAGAUUAUACUCUUUGAGGAAUGGGCAACUGGCCAAGAGAUCCAGUUCACAAAAGAGCCUCUUCUAGGACCUUGAGUCUCCAGUGCAGUGACAUAAAGUAGGAAAUGGAUUGAACUGAG